UAAACACCAUUCACAUGUGCCGCGCUGACUCCGCCUCGCUGCAAGCCCUGUUUCAAGCAAGUACGGACUUGCAUCUGCUGCGACCCCUUGAGUUACGGUGGACAAUCGGCUCUCAUUCCCCCUCGACCUCAUUCUCAUGAUCCAUUCCGCGCGCUUCCGCAUUUCCAUGCCAGUGAUUGAGCGGUGAACUUUGAAAUUAAGAAUGGCGGCUGCUGAAUUACAGCGUCAUUUAGCUGAACUUCACGAAGUUAUUGAUUCAGGAGGCACAGCUCAUGGUCCUGAAACUGCCCAGGAUUUAGUGGUUGAUAUUGCUCAAUUGUGCCUCAAUCAGACCCGUGAAAAUGAGCUGGCAUUUUGUCGGUCAGAACUGUUUCAGAAGGAGACUGGAAUCAUCACAUUUCUUCAGAAGGCAGUUUCAAAAGAUGAGUAUGGUGGGAGCAAGGUCCAGACCUUGGAGUUCCUCCUAGGCUUUGUACAGAAGGCCAAAGAGCUGGUCCUGGACCAUGCGAAGGACAUAAAAGAUGUCUGCAUGUCUCUCUAUACCAGAGACAAAUUAGCCAAGGUCAAGGCCAAGACAUUUCCACUCGUGAUUGAGUUGUUGAAACUGACCAGUGGCACCAGGAUGGAUGAUGAAGCUAUGGGUGUGGAUGCAAUGCUCAAGAAAUUCUUUGGAGAGCUCGGUCAACCAAGUAAACUCUCUCAAUCAGUAAAACUUGGAAUCUACCAAACCCUCGGAGCCUUUGGAGAGUAUUACCCUCAGUUAAUGAUGCAUUACUCCGACCGACUCUUCAAUGUUCUUGUAUCAACACUUAAACAACAGAUGACUACCAAGACCAAGAAGCCUGAGAUGACGACUGUUGCUGGAUGUCUAAUGGGUCUAUCCCAUCUCCUGGUUAACUUCACACAGUCUGUGGAAGAGAACAGCAAACAUUGCAAGGACAUCUACCAGUAUGUGACCAUGAGCGUGGAUCCAGGACCAUACAGGUCUGGGACCAAGCCCCGAUACGAGAUCCCAAAGGCUGGGCUGAACCUGAUACGUAGGCAUGCAGAUCAGUUCAAUGAAUAUCUCUACCGGGACCAUGAGAUGGUGUACAACCGACUCAAAUACUGGAGUCAUUCACACAACUCUGAGAUGAAAUGGGCAGGGUAUGACGCUCUUCAGGCCUUCUUCAAAGUGGUGUCUCACAUGCUUGUAGAAAACGCAGACAAGAAGAGGUCUUCUGAUGUAGCAGUCUUGAAAUACUUCAUCAAGUCAUUUCGGAGUACCAUUGAUGAUGCAAGCAGCUCUUCAAAGUCUCUUUCUACAGCCAUCAGAGGCUAUGGUGUCUUUGCAGCGCCAUGCAAGGCAUUCAUGAAAGAAGCUGAUGUGAGAUUCAUGUUCAAUGAGAUCAUCCUAAGGAGCGAACAACAGUUUCUUGUGCAAGGAGAAGAGAGAUUGUCCCAACUACCCACAUACUUGGAAGCUCUAGCUAGCAUUGUGGGACAAUUAGAUACAGUGAGUGAUACUUUUUUGACGUCCCUGGAGAAGUUGGUAGUACUGGUGUUUGGAAGCUACCCUCAUCAGGCUAGGAGUAGUCAAUGGACCAGUCACAGUGCCAUCUUACAGAUCCUCAUUGCUCUUUCGGCCAAAGGAACAUCCCUGCAAGGGUUCCUCUCAAGAGUUGUCUACCAGUGGAUCCUCCGUACAUGCUCCUUUCCUGUUCUCCUGGAAUCAGGAGGUGAUGAAGGGGAAGAACAGAGGAGUGACGAGAUGGAGAUUGAGCAGGAUUCUAGACGGGUCUCCUAUAAAAGCUUCAUGGAUCUAUGGACUAGACUGCUGGAUAGCAAGUUUAUCAAGACAUCUGAAGCCCAUGGCUCGAGCUAUGCCGAACGUUUGAACAUCCACACUAUGAUCUACAAUGAGCUGAUAGGUGGAAUCCUGAAGGUACUCAAAAAGCUUGAUCUCAGCUCCAACAAACACAAUGAAGAAGAGGCUUCGACAUCAGGUGGUGUGACCUCUGACCUUGAAGGAAAUACCUCAUCUGACCCUCUAGAGGGAUUGCAACCAACCAAACCAAAGGACUUCCAAGUGUUCAUCAACCUGGUGGAUUUCACCAAGGAGCUGUUACCAACAAGGCAGAUCCAUCUCUUUGAUCCUUGGGUGUAUCGCUUUGGUCAUGAACUGAUCCAGCUCUCCAGCCAACUUCCACUGGUCAGUGGCUUCUACAAGCUACUGACCAUCUGUAUGACCAUGUCCAGAAAGACUGCAUUCUUCAAAGAAGUCAAUCCUAAUGUCACAUUCAGAACAGAGGUGAACGAAGAAGAACCCAUGGAUGUGGAUGAUGAUAGUGAAUCCAUAGCAACCAGGACCACACCUAGCAACGUGUCUCUGUCUGAUAAACAGGCUUGCUUCAUCCUGUUUUCCAAGUUCUCGAAGGAGGUGUUGAUCCGACUGAAGCAGUACAAGGAUGACCUCCUCGCCUCUUGUCUCUUUCUCAUCCUCUCUCUUCCUCAUCAGGUGGUGGAGAAUCAGGUUCAUGAUGUCAUUCCAGCACUCAAGACUGCAUUCAAACUUGGUUUGAGUUAUCUACCGCUGGCAGAGUCUGGUCUAUCAGCCCUUCAGGCCUGGAUCCGAUACAUUCCUUCAGAUGUUCUUAAGCCAUACUAUGCCCAGGUUCUUCCUCAGCUAGAUGGCUACCUGGGAGCUGGCAGUGGGUCGGAAGAUGAGGGCAGCAGACCUGAGGUCCUUGUCAUUCAGACAGCAUCAAGCCGUGUCGGAAGGAGACGCAUCCCUUCCAAGCUUCUCAAGAAAGCUAAGGAUAACGAUCAGAGCCAAGAUUCACCUUUGAGGAGUGUACAGCUCCAGAUCCUUCGUCUCCUGGGCUCCCUGGGAGGCAGUGUGAACGUUGGUCUCCUGGAGACAUCCGCCCAGGAGCUCUCUAACGUAGCCCUUGCAUGGGACUCACAACCAAGACUCAACUUUCCUGUACCAUUUGUGGAUAUGAAACCAGAAAUUCAGCUAGAUGCCUUCCUGCCGAGGAUCGUAGAGCUUGCUUUGACGUCUAGUGACAGACAGACCAAGGUAGCAGCAUGCGAGGCGCUACAUACCUUGGUUCUCUUCAUGCUUGGGAAAGGAUCUCAGCAGCCUGAUCAGAGAGAGGCAAAGAGUCCCAUGAACCAACUGUACAAGAAGGUGUUCCCUGCAGUUCUCCAGCUAGCUUGUGAUGUGGAACAGGUUGCUAGGCAACUGUUUGAACCUCUGGUCAUGCAACUCAUUCACUGGUUCUCUGGAAACAAGAAGUAUGAAAGUGAUGAGACGUCGACCCUACUGAAUGCCAUCUUGGCUGGUAUAGUCCAUCCUACUGAUACAGCCUUGAGAGACUUCUGUGCUCGCUGUAUCAGUGAGUUCUUGAGAUGGUCCAUCAAACAAACUAGCAAGAAGCAACAAGAGAAGAGUCCAAUCAACACCAAGUCGCUCUUGAAACGACUCUAUUCCAUGGCUUCACAUCCCAGUGCAUUCAAGAGAUUAGGUGCUGCUCUUGCCUUCAACAGCAUCUACACCAUCUUCAGAGAGGAGGAAGUUCUUGUUGACCAGUUCACCUUUGAACUCUUGGUAGUCUUUGUUGAGAGCCUGGCCUUGGCUCAUCAUGAUGACAAAUCUCUUGGCACUCAGGAGCAAGGAUCAGAAGUGUUGAAGCAUCUAGAGAGAAUCAUGCGUGUGAAAGCAGCAUUACUCAACAAAGAGAGCAAGAACAGACGGGUGCCAAGGGGAUUGCCAGAGGACUGUAGCCCCACCCUUAGUCACAUGGUGAUGUGGUUAAUGACCCAAUGUGGACGUCCCCAGACUGAAUGCAGACAUCAGUGUAUGGUUCUUGUCUAUGGGCUGACAUCACUCUUACCAGGGCGGAAUACUCCAGCAACAUGGAUGCAGAACACAGCCAGAGAGAGGGGUGCUGAGUAUUUUGUUGGAAGAUUUGAGGGAGGUGGUCAUAAGAGUGGUAUACAGAAACAGCCCACCCUAGCCUCCGUGGAACAGCAGUUUUCUGUGAAAGCAACCAUCACUUGGCUUGAGUACCUGUUGGCUGCACUGGACUGCUACGUCUGGGUCCUGGGGGAAAGUCUACUCACACCAGCAGCUGUCUUCAAAACCAUUAAAGAAGGCAAAAAGAGUGUCCUAUUCCAGACCAUUGACUCCUUCAUGAAGGUGGCUCAAUACGAUCUCUUUGCCUUCGCAAAGGGGUGUGGUUCCAUGGAAACGGCCUUUACCCCCAGGGAGGAAGAAGACUACAAUCGUACCAAGUGUACCGUCAUCAUCCGUCUCUUUUACUUCAUGGGUGCCAUGCUGGGCUCCCAUACCAAGGAAGCACUGGAGGUGAUUCCCUCCAAGCUGUGGACUGGUCUGUUUGCUGAGAUUCUGUGUGGAUGUGUCUUGAAACCAGCUUCUCUGGGAUUCAACAUGGCCGACACUGUCAUCAUGAACGCUCUUCCACAGACUACGAAUCGAGUCCUUGAUCUGCUCUACACCAAGCUACCAACAGAGCAACUCAAGAAGCUUGAGACUGUCAUUCACAAAAGGAUUACUGCCAGCAGGAGCGAGGAUUUGUUCUCCAUUCUACCGAUGUUGUUCAGUAAUGAGAGUGAUCUUGGUUUGGAUCAUGUACAGCUACAGCAUCUUGUGAAUGGAUACAAGCAGCUACAGAAGGCCAAACUACUCACUAGACAAACAACCAACCAGGCUUUGUCCAUCUUGGACUUUGUGAUGCGUGGACUGGUCAAGAGAGGAGAGAACGGUCAGGAGGCGAGGAAAAUGACCCCUUCAGAGAUUGACUUAGGUCAAAGGUUACUUGAGCUAGCAUUCCAGCUCGGAGUCCAGACAAACAGCUUGAUUGAUUGCCUGUUGGAAACCACACCCGUCGUCAGCUCAACGCGAUCUUUGACCUCUAAGUUGUCUGCCUCCCAGACCAGCCUGGGCGUUCUGUUCCUGACGACGUACAAGCAGCCCAUCAUGGACCAGCUUGUAAAGCAUGGACAGGACACUGUGUAUGAACUGAGCAAUCGGGUUAGAGAGGAUAGAGGGACUAUAGGGAUGAUCAUCUAUGGCUUGCUGGAACAUGCUGUGGGCAACAGAGAGAUCAGGAAAAGAUACGGUAUGGCUAUUUACAGUGCUGUCCUGACUCAGUGGGAUACCCUAUCAAACCUCGGACAAGAAGAUGACUUCAUGCUCAAUCUUAUGAAGAAAGUUCUCCAGAUUGAUUUCAAGUUUGCCACAGACCCAACCCACCCUACAUUCCGUCCAGUCUUCAACCAGUACCUGAGCAUGCUAAGAGACUCCAAGAAGUCCCUUGCCUGGAAGACUCAAGUUCUUGACGUCCUCUACUUCUUUGCCAAUGUACCAGAGAAAGAAGAGAAGGAACUCAAAUCUGCUCUGGACCUUCUUGUUGCGAACCACUUUCCCCUCAAGUCUACAGACCUUGAGGCAGGAAGCCCUCGCUAUAAUGACUAUAUCAUGGCACUCAACAAGAUUCUAACCUCCCUGGUGAUGAGUGGAAGCCUGAUGCUACUUGAACUCAUCAUCAGCAUCCUCUGCAGAGAUGACAAACACAGCUAUGAAGACAAGAUACAGGGCGCCCUCUCCUCGUUCGCCAAACGCCUUCCUUCUGAGAAGCAGUCUGCAGCUGCCAACAUCCCUUUUGAGAUCUUCAAGCAAGACAAGCGGUACUCCAAGGAGAUCCGUAAAGCGGCCAUUCAACGAGUCUGCAUCCCUCUCCUCAGGCAAGCCUCGCGUGAUGCAACGGUGACCUUCUAUAAAGGUCAUAUCCAUGACAUCAUCUCCGUCCUGGAGGCUAGACUCACCAAGAACCCUGUGCCAGCCUUUGAGAACCAACUGGUGUCUAAGAUCUGUUACUUUGAGCUGAUUGAAGUACUUUACUCUAGGCUGAGUAAAGAUGAUCUCAACAGUAAGGACUCUGCUCUCAAUCGAGAAUAUCGCCAUGGUAACGUUGAAAAAGGCAAUGAGAUGUCAACUGCAUUGACCAAGGCUGCACUUGGAGCUCGCAAUGAGGAUUGCCGUGGGGAGACAGUUGCAGUGGAGCUGAGACGUCAGUUUCACUGCGCCGCCUUCAACUGCUCUGCUGCCAUCAUCAGUUGCGUUCAGGAUAACAUCAAGUUCUACAAUGCUUUCCUCUUCAGUGAGAACCAUGCAAAGGGUCAAUUUCUGCUGGACAACCUGGUGGACCCCAAGAAGGAGUACGGCUUUGCCAUCGAGAUGGAUGCACCAGUGGAACGCAAGAAGAGGUUUGUGGCCAUCCGCACCCAAGCGAGGGAGACAAACACACCCGAAGAAUCUGGAUAUGUAUCAGGCCCAGCCCACUACCUAUCGUCUCAGUAUCUAUCUGACAGUAGCCUGAGUGAAGAUGUAAAUCAGUUUGACUUCUCCAGCAGUGUGAGACAUUUUGGUAGCUCCAUGGAGAGUCAGAGAGAUGGGGGUAGCCAGGGAAGCCAGGGCAGCCAGCGACCAGGAUCAAUGGCUAGCAGACAGGACUCUAAGCCAGUCUUCUCUCCCGGUGGCGAGUACUUGGAGAUGGAGGAGGAUGCGUUGAAUCAGCAUGAAUGCAUGGCAGCUAUGACAGGCGUGCUCAAACACAUGACAAACAACAAGAUUAAUCCUGACAUUACCAAGGCAACCAAAGCAGAAGAGAUGCCUCAAUGGAUGUCUGGUCUUCAGAAGAAGCUCUCAUCACAAUCUACGGAACAUAACAUCAAACUCUUCAUCGUCAGACUGGUCAUCAAUGCACAAGAUGUGUUCCAGCCGUACGCCAGGUUUUGGCUGUCUCCAUUGAUGCAGUUCUUGGCCGGAGGUCAGCAAGGUGGGAUCAAUUACAUGGUACUGGACAUCAUGCUGGUCAUGUUAGACUGGUCCACUCUAGCUGUUCCAGAGGACAAUCGUUUAGCGAGUGGAGUGUUGAGGUUCCUGAUGAAGAACAGCUACCAUGAGAGGAAAUCAGUGAUGAAGAACAACCUGGAAGUCAUCAAGACGUUGGUAGAAUGCUGGAAAGAUGUCAUUGAUGUACCUACCAGAGUGAUCUAUGAGAGCCUCCAAGACCGAUCACCUGACAAGAAAGACAGCGCUGUUGGUAUUCAUCUUCUUGGGGUAAUCCUAGCUAAUAAUCUUCAUCCUCUUAGUCCCACAUGUGAUGUGGAUGCAGACAGGUUUUACUCAGCACUUGCAUCCAACAUUGACAAUAGAUACAAGGCGGUUCAUGGGGCAGCUGCUGAGGUCAUCGGCAUGGCGAUGAAACAGAUGGCUGAGAAUGAUAAGAUCACUGACGGUCGUCUACAUGAAGUAACCUACAAGGAGCUGAGUCAACUCCAUUUAGGCUCUGGGAAAGAGGUCAUCUUUAUCACUUGCCUUCAUAAGAUCCAUCUCCAUUAUCCAGUCUUCACCGAUAGAUUCAUGAACAAGUUGUUGUUCAUGUUGCCUUCCAUCCAUGGUCAACCAAAGACUGAAUGUCUGCAGAUCAUCACAGCCAGGAUAGAACAUAUCGACAAUGCUUUCAUCGAGAUGAAGAACAAGAACAUCCUGGCACUACUUACACACAAAGAUGAGGCUGACCAGUUGACGAGUCUCAAGUUGGUAGAUGGAAUGCUUCCGAAACUCAAACCGUCUGAGCUUCGCUACCUCCUCCCUGCUGUCAAAGACUUUGUUUCUCAUCCCAGCCCUAGCUGUAGAGAUACAAUGUAUUCCAUUCUCAUGUGGAUCUACGAUAACUACAGGGAUGAGGAUAAAAGAGAGGGUCAGGAUGGGGAUGAGGCUCUAUCCAUCGCCAAGGAUACCCUCCUCCAGGGUCUCUCGGAUCAGGAUAACUAUCUUAGAUUGCGGGUGAGUAACUUCUGGAGUCAUGAGACUCGUCUGCCCAAGGAGACUCUUGAGCGACUCAUCUCCAUGUUGGGAUGUAUGUACUCCCCAGGUACGGAGAAUCGUUACCUUGGUUACGCCACCAACCUGCUUCUUGAGAUGACCUCCAAGAGCCCUGACUUCAAGAGAGAAAUCUUUGAACAUCCGUUAUCAGCUUGCAAAUUUGAGGGGGUGCAGAUCGACCACUCCUGGCGUCAGCGUCACGCAGCAAUAUCCACACCCAAGUUUGUUGAGACCCAAGUGGGCCAGUCCCAGGGGAGUAUUAGGGGAUCCCCCUCAUCACAGAGUAUGACAUCUUCGGGAAUGAGCAUGGGAGGAGGAGGACAGCUGAGGGCCACACAGGCUACUCAAAACUUCACUGCCACUCAAGAUAAUGCUGCUUCCAGUCACAAGAAUGGCUACAACUGGUUGACAGGUAGCCAGGAUACGUUUGCUGAUUAUUCAUCAUCUUCAUCAGCGAGUGAAUCCUCUUUGCUCUUUACUAUGGGGUCUCUACCAAAGAGAACUGCCCAGGGCUUCAGGGGCGUCAAACAGGAUGCUGGAGCAGGGGGAAGCAGAGACAAAGAGGCCAGGAAAGCACCCUCAGAAGGGGAGAAGGAAGUUCAGCGACUCAAGAGACGUUUCAUGAAGGACCAAUCCUCUCAGAGUGCAUUCUUUGCUAAACGGGCUACAAGGCAAAAAGAACUCAGAGAGGAGGUGCAGAAGAGCCAGAGAGAGCGUAGGUUUGCGCAGGUGACGAUGUACCGUCAGUACAGGACAGGGGACCUUCCAGACAUCCAAAUUAAACACUCUGACAUCAUAGCACCACUACAAGCUUUAGCACUGAGAGACUCCACCCUGUCUCGACUGCUGUUCUCCGCCCUCUUUAGGGGUAUCUUGGCCAGGAUAGGAGACAUGUGCACAGAUGGAGAAACAGAGCUUCAUGUGAAAGGCAUUGAAAGGCAUCUCAACCAGAUGCUAACCGAUUCAAACCAGUUUGAUCCGGCUUUCAUCAGCUGUAUGUUGGAGAUCGGCUUCUACCACAGUGAGCAGUUGACCCUUGACCCUGCAGCUAUCAGCCAAUCAUGUCUGACCAGUCGUCAGCUUCUCAUCGGUAUUCGUGUGUUGGAGGAGGUGUUGAUUAAGAAGAGCGGGGACGAUGAGAGAAGUAGGAAGAGAGCAAGGACUUCAAGACCAGAGUCCAACCAGGAGAUGAGUACAUGGAUUGAACUAGCUAGGUUGUACAAAGCCAUGGGGGAGUUUGAUGUUCUACGAGGAAUAUUUGGCGCCCUCAUUAAGACGAAGGAUGUGACGCAGGAAGCUAUCCAAGCGGAGUCAAGAGGAGACUACGAGUCCGCUCUCGAACUCUACUCAAAGGCAAUAUCAUCCGAUUGGGGCCCAGAUGGCGUUGCUCGGGAGGAGGAAGACUUCUGGGAUGAGGCUCGUCUUCAGUGCUGCAACCAGCUGACAAAGUGGGAUGACAUGGAAAGCUUCUCAACUGAUCAGAUUGAAGGAAAAGGAUCAAAUGAUUUGUCUCAGAUAUGGAACGAUGAUUACCAACAGGAGAUCUACCUGCCAUACAUGAUGCGAUCCAAACUCAAGCGCUUGAUGGAAGGUUCAGAAGAUGAUAGUCUCCUAGGCUUCAUCGAUUCAUCUGCCAAGGACCAAGAGAAGAGAGUCAUUCUAGAGUCUCGAUACACAGAGGAAUUGGCUGCCUUGUCUAUUUUGAAAGAAGACUACAAUAGAGCGAAAUAUUACUUGGCAAACAGCACAAGUUCCUUUCUGCAGGAGUGGUCUGGUCUUGGACCUCUGAUGCUUACAAGUCGUCUGUCCAAACUCCAAGACAUCCAGAAGCUCACUGAAGCUGAACAGUUCCUACAACUUGCCAACAAACCAUUUUCCGAGGGUUUGAAGUCUUCUGCCACCAGACUUGUGUCGGACUGGUCCAGGAAUCUACCAGACCCAAAGAGGGAUCCAAUCAGUGUGUGGGAUGACGUCACUCAAUACAGAUGUCUCUACAUGGACAAGCUGUGUAACCUGUUAGGUGACUCAGGAGGAGGAGGAGGAGGAGGAGACUCCAUGGAGACAGAAGACCAAAAGUUUGAUGACCUUGUGAGGAGGGAGAAGGUUCUCUUGUCUAUGAAGAUGGCUGAUAGUGCUUGCCAACAGGCCAAUUUCUGUGUUGCAGCCAAACAUCUCAAAUCAACUCAUCGGGGCCUGGUAGAAUUUGAGGACCUCCGACCAGCCUGGACUCACAGUUAUGUGUCUAUGACACAAAGGAAGGCAUUGCUUCUUAAGCCAUAUGAAAGGAUCACCUCUCUUCUCAAGGCCUUAGAUCAUCUCGGCAAGUUACCAGUAUCCCAUAACUUGGGGAGUGAUCUGUUCCUACUCUGCGACCAUCGUAUCCUGACCAGUAAGACCUAUCAGUCCAUGGCUAGCGCUCUACAAGAAGAAAAAGGAGAAAUGUUAACCAGACUCAGUGAUGCCGGCAAGCUGGAUAAAUUGCUUUCUAAAGCUGAAUGUCAAGAGAGCAAACCUGAGAAGGUGUGUCAGAGUCUGUUUAUGAAGAGCAAGAAAUACCUUGAUGAUGCCGUAGGAACCAUCAAACUAGACCCUGCCUCCCAUUCAUUAUCAUCAUCAGCUAAGAGAGAGGAGCAGAGCAUGGCAAAGGCGCACAUGGCUCUCGUCAGCUUUUGUGAUCAGUUGCUACGGCAACAAGACGAUGAUGAUUGCAACCCUGAUUAUUUGCCCUUGAUGGAAGCAUACCCCUCCACCGUGGUCAACUCAACUCUUCAAGCUAUGAAUCUGAACUCACCCGAGGCCAGGCAACACUUCCCAAGGCUGCUCCAGCUGGUAGAAAAAUAUCCUGAUACCAUGCAAAGUCUUGUAAAAAAGGCUUCCAUCAUUCCAAGUUGGAUGUUCAUUGGUUGGAUAAGCCAGAUGGUAGCUCUUCUUGACAAACCAGAAUCUUUAGCUGUCCAGGGCAUCCUGAAAGCUAUCGCAAAGGAUUACCCACAGGCUCUAGUCUACCCAUUCAAGAUCAGCAGUGAAGAUUUCAAACUUGGAGAUAAAUCAAAGGAGAAACAGAGGAAGGAUGCAGUCAAGGAAAUAGAAGACAUCUUAUCUACAGUACCACUAGUUGAGAAUCUUACACUAGCUCUACAGAGACUUACCCAUCCUGGAUUCAUCUUUAAGGAUUGGAUCAGUGUGAUCAACAGUAAGAUGAACAGUAAGGAACGCGAUCAUCCUGCCAUCAAGCAGGAAUACCAGCAGCUUUAUCAGCAGCUCUUUGAGUCCGGAGGAAGGCAAGGAGGACCCUCCAGCUCUAGCCAGACUGUAGAACCAGGACCUUACUGGAAGAAAUUUGGAAGGGAAUGGCAGAAGAGGUUUGAUUCAUCAUUUGGUCAAGAUGGAAGUAAGCUUGCAGCAAUGGACUACAAGACAUGGUCCAAGCUAAGGCAGGACAUCUGUGCAAAGAUGACUCCAGGAAAAGAUGACCCUGGCAAUCUCAAGGAGUACUCUCCCUGGUUCACUGCGUUCCAGACUCUAAGGGGAGAUGAACUGGAGAUACCUGGUCAGUACGAUGGAAGCAAGAAGCCUCUCCCAGCCUACCAUGUCAAGAUCGCUGGAUUCGACGAGACGGUGCUGACACUGUCCUCUCUACGCAAGCCCAAGUGCAUCACGAUCCGAGGCAACGAUGAGAUGGAUUACCCAUUCCUGGUGAAGGUUGGAGAGGAUCUCAGGAUGGAUCAGAGGAUAGAGCAACUCUUCUGCAUCAUGAACAGCAUUCUGGCACAGGAUGCGGCUUGCAGUCAACGAGGGCUCACUCUUACUACCUAUCAGGUUGUGCCCAUGACUCCAAGACUUGGUAUUCUAGAGUGGGUAAAGAGAACAACGACCCUGAAGGAUUUUAUUACCAGAUCCAUGACUGAAGCUGAGCAUAAGGUUUAUACAUCCAGGACUACCGGACCAGUAGCUCUCUUCACUACUUGGCUUCAAAAAUUCUGCCAAACUGAUGGGAACAUUACUAAACUCUUUACUGAAGCAUACAAGAAAGCAAAUGAGACAGAGACUAUAAAAGCCUUCAGAGAGAGAGAAGCAAAACUACCUUGGGACCUUCUUAGACGAGGCUUCAUGCAGCUGAGUGCUUCCCCUGAAGCAUUCUUGACGUUGAGGGCUCACUUUGCUCGAUCGCAUGCUGUCCUGUGUAUCUGUCAAUACAUUCUUGGUAUCGGUGAUCGCCAUCUUUCAAACUUCUUGGUCAGUUUAGAGACAGGAGGCAUGGUGGGCAUUGACUUUGGUCAUUCCUUUGGAUCAGCUACCCAGUUCUUGCCGAUCCCAGAGCUGAUCCCAUUCCGUGUGACCAGACAGAUCAUCAACCUCAUGCUACCCAUGAAGAUAGAUGGCGUCCUACAGAGUACCAUGGUUCAUACAUUGAGGGCGCUUCGUCAGAAUCAUGAGCUCUUAGUAAACACGAUGGAUGUGUUUGUGAAAGAGCCAUCUCUCGAUUGGAAGUGUUUCGCUGUGAAGCAAGCCGAUUACCAGAAGUUGUCUGAAGAUAGUCGCGAGGACAUCUCAUGGUACCCUAAGAAAAAGAUUAAAUUUGCAAAGAUGAAACUUCAAGGUGUUAACUCAACGUACAUCACCAAGGCAGAGCUAGAGAUGGGGCCGCAUUCAAAGGACGCGAGGGACGCUCCGUUCUUGAAAGCAUUGAAGUCUACAUGUGGUGGAAAUACAGAGAGCAAACGAGCACAAUCUAAGUCAAAAGGACUAAGCGUUGAGGAUCAAGUCGCUUGUCUAAUUGAUCAAGCCACUGACCCUCGUAUUCUUGGGAAAACCUACCAGGGAUGGGAGCCAUGGGUCUAGGUCUAUUGGUCAUUCAUCACUGGAACAUCAGAUGGACUUCAUAAGAGCAAGUAAGCAUUGUGUCCGUCUAAAGGACUAAGCGUUGAGGAUCAAGCAACUUACCCUCAUAUUCUAGGGAAAACUUGGCAGGGAUGAGAACCAUGGGUCUAGGCCUAUUGAUCAGUCAUUACUGGAACAUCAGAUGGACUUCAUUAAAGUUGGAUUGUACAUGUCAUGUUUUGAUAUCAUUGUAUGAGGUAUUGCAUGGUACAGCAUAAAUAGUAAAUAGUUUUUAGAACCACAAGGUACCUUUCCACUAGCUUUGGUUAUUAUCUUAAAAGAUAGAGAUAAACUUAGAAAUUCUGUUCUCAAAGUUCCUUAACAGGUUCGGAUGAAUAGUACCAGUAAGGCAUAUUUUUUAAAAUUAACAAUCACAUUGUCAUUGAAAUAUCAUUGUUGAUUAGUCAUUGUGAAACAUCUACUCUAGAAAUAUUCAAGAAAUUGGGUAUGUACAUUUGGUACAUGUGUUCUUUGCCUCUUACUAGUGCUUCCUGUAGAAUGUAAAAUAUAUGAAUAAAAUGUUGCAUUAGUAAAGGCAUGAAGUAAUAGUGUAUAAUCAACUCAGUCUUGGUCAGCGUAUUUUAACCUUAGAGCCACUCGGCCUGUACAGUUUUGAAAAGCAACACAUUAAUGUACAUGUAGAAAGGAAGAGAACUGAAAAUCUGAAUAAAAUGUGGAUGUGUGAAUUAUAUUUCUUACAAGUACAGAUAGAGUUAUGUACACAUUUACUUGUAUCAAUAAGCAGUAGUUACUUGCAAUGUCUAAUUCACUUUAAUUCACAGCAGAAUUAGUCGAUUGAAUGUAUUUUCUUCUUGUGAUUGCCGGUGAGCUCUGCAAUACAGCAAUCAAUAUCAUAAUGCAGAGAAGUAAAAUUCUGUCAGAAGGGCUUACUACAGGAUGUUUGGAUGUAAUUAUUUGUAUUCCAUACAUGUACAAAAUGAAAUAUGGUUAUAAACAAACCUGUUGAGCAGUCUAUUAUUGAAUAAGAGCAGACUGUUUAAAGAAGGCAGUAGAUAUUGAAUAAUCUACAGGUAGUAAUGUGAGUUCGUGAAAUUCAUAAUAUAUACUCAGAAGGUAAUAGUGUAUUUGUAAAGCGCUUAGAGACAUUUUUAUUAAGCGCUAUAUAAAAGCUAAAUAUUAUUAAGAGCACUAAUUCAUAUACAUUCAAACCUGCUUUAGUGAAAACCUGUCUACAAAGACCACAUUUUGUAUUUCCCUUGGGUGGUCUUUAUAGACAUGUUCCAUUAUACAAGAACACAGUGUCAACAAUCCAGGGUUCCCACGGUCAUGAAAAAACCAUGGAAAGUCAUGGAAAAUGUUUAAAAAAUCUCCCAGUCAUGAAAAGUCAAUGACAUUGAUUGUGAGUGUGGGACGUAUGUGGCUAAGGCAGCCAGUUUGAACUGACGAUGUACCUGGUAUCCAUAUGCCUCUCAACAAAUUGUUUAUUAUGUAUUGACUAAAUCUGAGUGAUAGCUCAAGUUUGGAUGAUGCGACAUUUUAGGUAUCUCUGCAUUCAUCAUGUCAGAUAGAAAUAUAUUAGAUCUGUUUGUCGCAUAUUUAUAUGAAUACCUGCUGAAAUACGACCCUAUGCGACUGAAUUAUCAAGAGCAUUUUAUUUCAAUUAUAUUGUUUUUUAUUCCAUCUCAAAAUUGACUGAUUGAGCAAUAAGAUUAAGAAUGAUCAACAUUCCUCUUGAGUGAUUUUUAUUCCCUUUCUGUGCAGUUGUUAAAAUACCAAGUGAUUAAUUAUGUGCAUCAAUGAAUAUGGUAAACCUAUAUAAUAAGAAAGUCAAUCAAGCUUUAUACAUUUCAUUUAACCCAUUGCUUACUGGAACCUUGUGGUCCCUGUGUUAAGCCUAUGGGAAUUAGAUAAAUCAGUAGCCAACGGGUUAAAAAAUGCUAGUCUGUAAAAUGAAGCUUUUGAACUUACUCAGUUUAGUAUCUAUCCUACAUGUAAUGUAUCUUUGAGAUGCCAUUUUGCAAAUUUGCAAAGAAAUUAUUUUUUCACAUGACGAAUGUGCCAUAUCUAAUCCCUCAGUCACACCAACAAAACCAACAUCACGCCGACAACAGACCAGCUAAAAGAUUACAUUACCCCUGUGGUAAAAAAUAAGUCAGCUUGGAGUCAGUUUGGUGGCGUGACCGAGGUAUAUUAAAAAAAUAUUAGAAAGCUAGUUUAGUGUGUUUAUCCGCCUUUUUCUUUAGGCACUUAUUAUGCAGUUUAUUUUUAACACAUGAUCUCAUUCCAUGUACCCAAAUCUUGUUUCAUGUGUAUCGUUUGUAGAAUAUCAAGCUUAAGCUGUACAUGUCUUUUUGUGUAUUUUGUUUCUGUGUUACAGUCCUGUGUAGCAAGAAACAGUAGAAGUGAACUUGAAGUGGGACUAUAAAAAUAAGAAGCAUUUUCAUUGUUACUACUGUGACUUUCAUGUACUAAAUAUUACUUUUAUGACAUCACUUUUCACAAUAAAUAAUAGACUACAAGAGAAA